AUGCUAAACGAGGGGAUAAUCGCGAUGUGCGCCCUGUUCGGCGUAUUGUUGCGGAACGGGGCGGCUGCGCCGGAAUGUCAGCCGGGCUGGAGCCGCUACCACCGGAAUUCGGUGUGCUACCGGGUGAAUCCGAGGCGAUUGACGUGGUCGCAGGCGGAAACGGAAUGCGUGGCGUCUGGGGGUCGAUUGGCAGGCAUCGGGGAUGAGUACGAGAAUCAGUUUGUAUAUCAAGUCUCCAAAGCCGCCAACUUGUCGACGGGCACGGUAUGGCUGGGGCGCGUCGGAAAAGCCCAAAAAGGGGCAGCAUUUGAGUGGAAUGACGCGACAACAUCUCAUUUUCACGGCUUCAAAUCGCCGGAACAAUCGCCGAGCACGCAGUGUGUCACGAUGUGGCUCGAUUUGGGGAGGGCAGAUGGAUCUUGGCAGCCGUGGGAUUGCGGUUACAACGGCUACGCGUCGGUUUGCAAGCGAGCCGCUUCGAAGGCUGGGGGCCUGUCCAACAACGGGCAACCCCGAUCCCACGUUUCCACGCGCUGCUGUCUACCCUCCACGCAUUGCAGUCUCCGGUGUCCGGCUGGCGAAAAAUGCGUCCCCGACGACCUGAAUUGCCUGACCGCCCAAUGCCCAAAUGCGACCGGCUGGUGCCUGCCGAGGAGC